AGGCAGGGCAGGAUGGGGGCACGGGGGGGUGUGCAGCCACGUGCGGCUCCAGGCUGAGGGCUGGGGGAUGGGGCUGCAGGGCCGCCAACAGCCCCAGUGCUGCCCCCAUAGGAGGGCUGCCGGGGGCUCCGUGGGGCCCCGCACCCCGUGGGAUGGGAUCGGGACAAGGUUUUGGGGCCAAUGGGAAGCUAAAAGCCGGGAGCAGGGUGCGGGGCUGGGGGCUUUGGUGCUGGGUUGCUCACGGAUCCAUGGGGUGCCGUCGUCCUGCUCCGUGGGCGCCAGGGUCCCGCUGGAUGUCGGUGCCGGCUGAGCAUCGCCGUCCUUUGUGCCCGCUCACGUGUCCCCGCAUCCCUGCGUCCCCACGUCCCGGCGUGAAACCCAAUCCCCCUGCAGAGCUGUGCUGCAGGACGCCUGGCGCACCAUGGCCGCGGUGCCGGGUGCCGGUGCGCGCGGUGCCCCCGGGCUGGCGGCCUUUGCCCGCUCCUGCUCUGUGCACGGGCUGCGGCACAUCUUUGCGCCCGGCGCGCCCGCCCCGCACCGCCUGCUCUGGGCCGGAGCCUUCGUGGCCUCGCUGGGCGCCUUCCUGCUGCAGGCGGGCGAGCACGUCGGGCGCUACGGCGCGUACCCCCACGUCACCGCGCUGGACGAGGCCGAGAGCCGCAUGCUCCCCUUCCCCGCCGUCACUCUCUGCAAUUACAACCGCGCGCGGCGCUCGCGGCUCACGGCCAACGACGUGUUCUGGCUGGGCACCGAGCUGCUGGCCGUGCCGCGCCACGACUUCUCCCGCUACCUGCGAGCGCUGGGGCGGCCCCACGACCUCGACGGGUUCUUCCCCAGCAAGAGCUACGACCUGGCCGCCUUCUACCAGCGCGCCGGGCACGACAUCGGGGACAUGCUGCUGCGCUGCCGCUUCCGCGGCCGGGAGUGCGGCCCCGAGAACUUCACUGCCAUCUUCACCCGCCUGGGCAAGUGCUAUACCUUCAACUCGGGACAGCCGGGCACGGAGCUGCUGACCACGCUGCAGGGCGGCGCGGGGAACGGGCUGGAGCUGAUGCUCAACAUCCAGCAGGAGGAAUACCUGCCCGUCUGGGGGGACACGGACGAGACGUCGUACGAGGCGGGGGUCAAGGUGCAGAUCCACAGCCAGCAGGAGCCGCCCUUCAUCGACCAGCUGGGCUUUGGCGUGGCACCCGGCUUCCAGACCUUCGUGUCCUGCCAGCAGCAGCGGCUGGUGUACCUGCCCCCGCCCUGGGGGGACUGCAAGGCCACCCCCAUCGAGUCCGACUUCUUCACCAACUACAGCCUCACCGCCUGCCGCCUGGACUGCGAGACGCGCUACCUGGCCGAGAACUGCAACUGCCGCAUGGUGCACAUGCCCGGCAACGCCAACGUCUGCACGCCGGAGCAGUACAAGGAGUGCGCCGACCCCGCGCUGGAUUUCCUGGUGAAGAAGGACAGUGAGUACUGCGCGUGCCGCACGCCCUGCGACACCGUGCGCUACGGGAAGGAGCUCUCGAUGGUGAAGAUCCCCAGCAAGGCCUCCGCGCGCUACCUGGCCAAGAAGUUCAACAAGACCGAGCAGUACAUCGCGGACAACGUGCUGGUGCUGGACAUCUUCUUUGAGGCGCUCAAUUACGAGAUGAUCGAGCAGAAGAAGGCGUACGAGGUGGCGGGGCUGCUGGGGGACAUCGGGGGGCAGAUGGGGCUCUUCAUCGGCGCCAGCCUGCUGACCAUCCUGGAGAUCUUCGACUACCUGUAUGAGGUGUUCCGGGACAAGCUCGUCGGCUUCUACAAGGACAAGAAGCGGAUGCGGCAGAGCAGCAGCACCACCCUGGAGCAUCCAGCCGUGCCGGGCAGCCCCGCCGCCACGCUCCCACCCAGAACGCCCCUCGGGCCCUGCGCAGCCACGCGGACCGUGUCGCCUUCGCCCCGCACCUGCUACCUCGUCACUCGGCUCUAGGCGCCCCGGAGGAGUUCGCCUGCUGAGGGGCCCGGCCCCGCACCCCCGGCCGGCCGGGGGGGUCCGCUGGGGAGCAGCCCCCCGCCCUGGGACAGAACCCAGGUGGCUGGGGGCUGCGGGGUCUCCGCUCCGCGUCCCUGCAUGCGCUGCUUGUCCCCGCGCCCUGCUGUACAUGCGCCUCGCGCCAAUAAAGUCCCCCCAAAAU